UUGAAAACCUUAAUAUCUGAUCCUGCCAAUGACUCACAUAUGAUCGAAAGCACACUCGUGUUGAAACGCUUCGCCGACAAAGCCGUUACUAGUCUUUUUCCAGCAUCCACUGGCUCGCAGCUAUCUUCGCCUGACGAACGCGAUGCUUUCCUUGUUCAGCAUCGCCAACGAAUCGAGCUGGAAGACGCCGUCCUUCAAGGUCUCAAAACGGGAAUUAGCUCUCGACAAAAUGCACCAGCCGAGUGGAUCGCCAAACACUUGGAUGCUGUCAUGCGUCGUGGUCAAGGAUCGAGCACGGAGGCCGAGUUCUCAGCGUUGUUGGAUGAGAUCAUCGCUCUCGUUAGUUACACACCGGACAAAGAUGUGUUCAAGGCUUUCUACUCGACGCAAUUGGCAAAGCGGCUCUUGCUCAACAAGAGCGCCAGCGAUGAUAUGGAAAGAGACAUGAUCUUACGACUGCAAAAAGAAAUGGGAGAGGAGUUCACCAGUGGAGAUGUGAUGAUGAAGGACCUGCAGUUAUCAGAGUCUCUUGUCAAAUCAUAUCAAUCAGCUCAGGCAAAGAACCCGGAGCAUUUCCAGGGCUCGGGCGACUUCACUGCCAAUGUCCUUACUGAGUCCGCCUGGCCUGCAUAUCCUCUUCUCAAAGACGGAUGGAGCUUUCAACUCACACCCGGACUUCAAAGGUCGAUCGACGCCUUCACCCAGUGGUACUCCACCCAACAUCAGAAUCGCCAGUUGUCUUGGCGAUAUCAGCUUGCGACAGUCACCAUGACCGCUCGAUUCGAUAGUGGACGAUAUGAGAUCACUCUCUCCCUCUUUCAAGCAGUCGUCUUGCUUCAAUUCAAUGAAGACGAUAGUCUCAGCUUCAAGGAACUUCAUGAACGGACCGGUAUCGAGACAAAAGAGCUGGCCAGGACACUUCAAUCCCUUUCUUUAGGUAGAAAAGGGACAAGAGUGUUGUUGAAAAAGCCAACGGGAAAGGAUGUGAAUCCCCAAGAUGCGUUCGUUUGGAACAAAUCGUUCACCAACGAUAGGAUCAAGUUCAAAAUCAAUCAGAUCCAACAGGACAUGUCGGCCGAAGAGACGAAAAAGACGAACGAACAAGUCAUCGUGGACCGAGUGUCAGUGCUGGAAGCUACGAUUGUGCGAAUAAUGAAAGCUCGGAAGAAGAUGACCUUGCAAUUACUCAUUGACGCGGUAGUGACAGAUGUCAAUAAACGUUUCCCUCCAGACAUCAAGGAGCUGAAGAAGCGUGUGGAGAGUUUGAUAGAGCGCGAGGUGAGUGAUACAGCUUUCCCUAUGCUCUAG